UAAGUGCGAAAAUGGCGACGAAUGGUGAGGGAACGAGUUCGGCGAUCAACCAAAAUACAGAAAAUAUAGAUCCAUCUGACAGAUUGAAACGGUUAUACCCGGCGGUAAAUGAAGAUGAAACACCUCUACCUCGAACAUGGAAUCCUAGAACGAAAUCAACCUUCAUUGGGCUGUCACAAAACAAUCUACGUUUGCAUUACAAAGGUAUGGGAAAGACUCAUAAGGAUGCAGCCUCAGUGACCACCGCUCACUCCAUCCCACCAUCAUGUGGUAUCUAUUACUUUGAAGUCACAGUGGUCAGCAAAGGAAGAGAAGGAUAUAUGGGCAUAGGAUUGUCCACAGAGGAGUUUGGAAAUAAUAUGAGCAAACUGCCAGGCUGGGACAAGCACUCUUAUGGUUACCACGGCGACAACGGACAUACAUUCAACUCUGCAGGGAACGGACAACCUUACGGUCCAACGUUUACAACGGGUGACGUUGUAGGAUGCGGAGUGAAUCUUGUUGACAACACUUGUUUUUACACAAAAAACGGAGUGCACCUAGGUAUUGCAUUCACAGAUCUACCUAGCAACUUGUAUCCAACCGUAGGCCUUCAGACGCCUGGUGAAAUCGUUGAUACAAACUUUGGUCAGAGCCCAUUUGUGUUCAAUAUAGAAGACCUCAUGCAGCAGGAAAUGAGGAUGAAGACGAAGACAACAAUAGAGAAUUAUCCAGUACCAGAUGACCAAGGGGAAUGGCAAUCAGUGCUACACAGAAUUGUGUCAACGUAUUUAGUUCACCAUGGUUACAGUCAAACAGCCGAGAGCUUUGCUCGGAGUACAAGACAAACAAUAGCUGAAGAAGUCAUGUCAAUUAAAAACAGGCAAAAACUUCAAAGAUUAGUAUUAGCAGGUUGCAUGGGUGAAGCAAUAGCUACAACCCAGAGACUCUAUCCAAAUUUACUACAACAAAACCCCAAUCUGGAAUUCAUGCUCAAAUGCCGCCAGUUUGUGGAGAUUGUGAGUGGGACAGAGAGCGAGAUACGGCCUCCCCGCAGCGAGCCACGUAGCUCGCGGUCGUCACGGUCGAGUAGUAGACACGCAAGUCCGGCCAUGAGCCCUCAUCGUGAUAGCGCCGCUCCUUCCUCAUCCUCCCCUCAUCUCAGUAUAUCAUCACCGUUGGCUACGGACCCUCUACAGAUGCAUCAUUCAGGAAUACCAGGAGGUAGCACAAGUAGUAGUAGUAGUAGUAGCAGCGGCGGCAGGCAUGGGAGUAGUCUCCUCAACACUUCCAAACCUAUAUCACCAAAGAGUCCUAAGAACUUACAACAGCAACAGCAGCAACAACAGCAGCAGCAACAGCAAGACGGACUGACCACAAACACUGCAAUGACCUCAACCAUGAACGCCCUCAACCUCACCACGAACGGUAGUGUCAUGAACGGUUCCUCGAGGAUAAUAAACCCGGAUUCAGAUAUAGACAUGGAUGUAGACUGUCAUGAAACCAAUGGUGUUCACACUAACGGAAAUAGUAGUAAUGGACAUGCUGUGACAAACGGCAAGGCAUUAUCAUCAUCAUCAUCAGUCAAUGGUGUGUGCCCACCCACAGAAGAUAUGGAAACAGAUGAACUAGAAGGUACAUCGUUACCACCCGUCCGUCAGCUCUGUGGAGGGAGCCAUUCAGCAAUUGAACAUAUGCUCAAAUUUGGUCGGGAACUUCAGUGCUUCUACGACAAAAUCACCAGGGAGAACGGCAAGAACGAAACCAAUGCCAACGCUUUACGGGAGGCAUUUAGUUUGUUAGCCUAUGCAGACCCAUGGAAUAGUGAAAAAGGGUAUCAGCUAGAUCCAUUAUUACGAGAACCAGUCUGUGCCGCAUUAAAUAGUGCCAUAUUAGAAUCACAGAACAUGCCCAAGCACCCGCCUCUGGAGCUUGCCCUAUGUCAUGUGACCGAGACCAUGAAACUCAUGUCCAAGUACGGAGCAGGGUCAUGUGCUUUCUCAGGAGUAGACCACUAUCUAAACUAACGCUGGCCUUCCAUCCCCCUCCCCUACCCCUCCCUCCCCCCCUUCCUCCAUCCCCCUCCCGUGUACCCAUGCCCUUCUAUAUAUUGGAAGCAUGCUGCUCUUUCCUAUGUGUAUGAUCAUCAGAGUCUCCACACCUACAUGUGGAGACCGAGGUCUUGCACCCCCCCUUUCCCUCUUUCUCAGAAAAUGUUCCUCUCUGGUAUGCAAUAGUCCCAGUUUAAUGAUUAUUUAUCAAUAAAUUCUGAUCAUAUGUGCAUUGAUAUCUCAAGAGCUGGACUCUGCAAUUUGUUUGGAAUCAUGAUUGUAAAAUGUCUGAGACUUUCUUCCAUAUAUAUGCAAGCUAUCUGAUUAAUUUAGAGUGAAAGUUUUGGGAAGAAACCCCACGGCAGCUUAAUCAAAUUUGGCGUUUUUAUUCAAUCCCUUUAAGUAUAUCUACCUUCCAUUGUAUGAACGUUGUAUUUAAGUAAUUUCUUUCAUUGUUCAUACCAGUUUUUUUUCUUCAUUAUAUUAUGUCUUGGCCCAAGCAACUAAUUGUUAUUUAACAUUCAUUCCAGUUGAUGUAAUCCUGUUUCACGCCCUGUAUUGUAUGUUUAAACUGAACCUCUUUUGUCCCUCUACAACCCUCCUUUCCUAUGUCCAACCCCCGUCCCUUGUGAUUCCACCAACAGUCCUGCCUCUUUCCAUCGCGACUGCUGCCUCAUUCAAAAACUCUGUGCAGAUUGACUUAAUAUGUAAAGAUCAUUCAAUGACACGAUUAUGCUGCCUCUGUUCAUGAAGUACUCUGACAAAGACGAUUCUCUUGGAGCCGAGAUGAACACAUCUAAACGUGUAGCUCUCUGUAUAACUGAACGUGACAUUACCCGCUGAUGUAGUCAUUGUGCACUUUCAUCCGGACCUUGAGAUCAAUGCAUGGCUAUUUCUUAAGAAAAGAGGAUCAUCUUCAAUGGAUAGGAUGCGCCCUGUUCUUGAGCCACCAUCUUGUCUCUUGCUUGAGAUAUUAUCCCUUCAUCUCAUGGAAAGAAAGAGAUACCAUGCUGUAAGGGACAUCCACCUGACCAAUCCUUGGCCCUGUUGUACAAAGAGUUACGAUUGAUCCGAUCAAUCAUAACUCUAUGGAAAUCCAUCAGUGUCAUAAUUUUU